AGGUGGAAAUUUUAAUUUUGACCAAAAAGAAGGGAGGAAGAAGAAGAAAGAGCGACUUGAAAUUCCGUGUACUAAGAUUCUCCACAAACAAGCUUCAGCUUCAGCACUCCAAUUGUUAUCGCAGGCGGUGGCAUCGAGUUAACAUCAUCGCACAGUAUUCUUUGCCUCCGCAUCUGGUAACUCCUCUGAAGAAAAGAGUCCAAAGAGAGGAAGAGCCCCAGAUGGGUUUGACCCGAGUUUUGGGGUGACCCAGAGUUGGAGUCUAUGUAGAAUCUAAUUGGGAUUGUUGAACGUGUGCGACGGUUCAAACGGGUGGUUUCUGACUUGGUGUUUAUUCAUCAAGUUUUAGUCAGGAUGCCAUGAAUUUGAAUCGAAGAGGAGGGGUUAACAGAUAGAAGAGAUGAUGGAUUUGAUUUACUGUGAGGAGGAAAUUGAAAGAUUCUAUGACACCCGUGAGGAGAUCUCCUCCGUGUCUGAUUGGGGAUCUGAUUGCUCUGAGAACUGCAGCACAAGUUUUGGGGAUGACGGGGAUGUUCCUGAAAAUUUAAGAUAUGUGGGAUGGAUAAGAAACCUGGAAAGUGUUUAUGAGCGUAGAAACAAGUUCUUCAAAUGGAUGGGUUUGGAUUUGGAUCAGAAUUUUGACAACAGAGAUGAAGAGGAAGGGGAAUCGUUUGGGAGGGUUUAUCAUGAUAGAAUUCUGGAAGAUUAUGGAACGGUGUUGAGACUUUCCGGUUCUGAAGGGGAGUUGUCUUCAAGUCUUACCAUAUCUUCCAUGUCAAAUGAAGCUCCAGAAUCAUCAGGAAAUGUUGCUGUGGAGGAGAAUCAUGCUUGUACUAUCAGGAAUUUGGACAAUGGGACUGAGUUUAUUGUGGAUAGGUUCAGCCAAGAUGGAGUGUUGAGCAUGUUGCGCGAAGUUGGUUCAAACCGAUCCUUCAGUUUUGAUGAGUUUGAGAGAAACAUUGGCCAGUCUCCCUUGGUUCAGCAACUCUUUCGAAAAAAUGUUGAAAAGGCUGGGCCUAUAGUUAAUGCCAAGAAAGAGGCAAAGAAGGGUUGGCUGAGAAAAUUGGGUGCGGUGGCUUGUAUUGUUGACAACGGGGAGGGCACAAUGAAAAACGGUGUUUUCAAUUCAUCAUCUAAGGCAGGGAUACAACAAGUUCGCAUUCAUCCAUAUAAAAAGCAAUCCAAAGAAUUAUCAUCCCUUUUUGUGGGACAAGAAUUUGAAGCACAUAAAGGGUCAAUUUCUACAAUGAAGUUCAGUUUUGAUGGAAGAUACUUGGCUACUGCUGGUGAAGAUGGUGUUGUGCGUGUAUGGCAGGUGAUUGAAGAUGUGAGAUUCGAUGAUUUCGACAUUCACAAUGUUGAUCCUUCCUCUUUGUACUUCUCAAUGAAUCAUUUGUCCAAAUUAAACCCCUUGGAUGUGUCAAAAGAGACUGUAGGCAAGACGAAAUUGAAGAGAUCAUCAAGCACAGCCUGUGUAAUUUUUCCACCAAAGCUAUUUAGGAUAUUGGAGAAACCUCUGCAUGAAUUCUUGGGACACAGUGGCGAGGUCUUGGAUCUAUCUUGGUCAAAGAAAGGGCUUUUGCUGUCAUCUUCUGUUGAUAAGACAGUACGUCUUUGGCAGCUAGGAUGUGACACAUGCCUAAGAGUUUACUGUCAUAAUAAUUAUGUAACGUGUGUUAGUUUCAACCCUAUAGAUGAAAACCAUUUCAUAAGUGGCUCGAUAGACGGUAAAGUUCGGAUUUGGGAAGUUCUUGCUUGUCAAGUGGUUGAUUAUAUUGAUAUCCGUGAGAUAGUAAGUGCAGUCUGUUACAGACCAGAUGGAAAGGGGGGAAUUGUGGGGUCCAUGACUGGAAACUGCCGUUUUUAUAAUAUUAUAGAUAAUAGAUUGGAGCUGGAUGCUCAGAUAUGCUUAAAUGGGAAAAAGAAGUCGCCUGGGAAGAGAAUAAUUGGUUUUGAGUUUUCUCCUAGCGAUCCGAGCAAACUAAUGGUAUGUUCUGUUGAUUCGCCGGUUCAUAUUAUUUCCGGGAGUGAUGUCAUUUGCAAAUUCAAGGGUGUUCGUAGUGGUGGAAACAAGAUGUCGGCUUCUUUUACCUCGGACGGAAAGCAUAUUGUUUCAGCCAGUGAAGAAAACGUCUACGUUUGGAACUACAAUUGCAAGGACAAAGCAUCUCGGAAAAAGAAAAUUUGGUCGUCCGAAAGUUUCUUCUCUCGUAGUGCGACAAUAGCCAUACCUUGGUCUGGUGUGAAAAUCACACCUGAACCACCACUAUCCCCAACACGAGUUUGCGAUACAGCAGGAAGUAUCCCCGAAAUGGAGCCGAAGUUUCCUGAUGACGAUGGUGAUAGGGAACACAAGGUUCCAUCAUCGUCACCAGAUUGCUUCUCACUAAGCCGCACUCUUUUUCCCGAGUUGCUGAAAGGAACCGCAACUUGGCCAGAAGAGAAACUCCAUGAUUCUAGCUCAAUAACCCCUUCCCCUUCAAUGUGCAAGACUGAGUUCAAGUUUUUGAAGAAUGCUUGCCAGAGCAUGCUUAGCUCUCCUCACAUGUGGGGUCUUGUGAUCGUUACUGCUGGAUGGGACGGACGAAUCAGAACAUUUCUCAACUAUGGUUUGCCUAUUCGGUUAUGAGUCAGUUCUCCCGAAAUCACUCGGUUUCAGGAUUUUGCAUUUGCUAGGUUUGUGAUUAUCCUUAGAAGAUGCAUUUAGUCAUCAACAGCCUGCCAAGUUAAGGGGUUCAUGAAUUAUGAACCACCCUCGAUGUAACGUUCCAACCACAAUGAGCCAUGUUGUUUCUACGAUUUAGUUUAAAUAUCCCUUGCAGGUUGUCGAGGUAUCGGGAUUAAUCUGGAAGGGGAUGUCGGUAUAAUACAGGUUUAAUUAUCAUACAUGAUUCUUUUAUUUGUGAAGAUUGGGAGCCUGGUUUCAGGAAAUAGAAAGCAAAAAAGAAAAACAAAAAAAGAAAGAAGACAGAAAAGAAACUGUGGGAAUGGCUAAUCAAAAGAGGCAAUGGUCCUUCUGUUUUGAAAUUGUGUAAUAAUUAUUAUAUUACAUUAUGUGUAUAAUAGAGGCAUCUCUGGUGGGGCUUUUGCUUUGCCUGUCCCUAAAUAUGGAUAAUUGUGAUUUUGUAAUUUCCAUUCAAUGAGGGAAAUUGUCCUUUGAUGUUUGAGCA